UCUUUGGUUUAUGUCCAACUGUAAUCUUUAAACGUUUUUUACGCCCGUUACAGACUUAAUCGCGGUGGUUUUCAACAAAUGAUGGAGUCAAUAUCAAGAACAUUCUACGUUUUACUUUUUAUCACAUCCUCCUGGGUGGCAGCCGAGACAAAACAAAAUAUCACAGGUUAUGCCCAGCAACCAUCAUGUCCUCCACUUGGACUAGGAGAAUACUUUGAGGUUGCCACGAUACAAACAAAGUCACGAAUGUACGGUUGUGCUUACUUAGAUAAAGAUACGGUAUUGAGUAAAACUCCAUUGUUGAGUAUGUGGCUUGAACGUCCCGUGGAAACAAGUGUACACGGACAUUGCGAUGACCUGACUUCUAUGGAUCACUUCGUUUUUAAGUGUAUUCCAAAAUACUAUCCGCACCGUACUAACGAGUAUAUUCGAGGCUGGCAUUAUAUAACGCUGUUAGAACGUAGGCCAUCCAUGAAAAAUAAUACGGAAAUCAAAUCAACAUUAUUCUUCAGAUGUGCCGUUUACGAUGUGCAUAAUGCUACUUCUGAGGGAGUGAAGAUAAUAAGAAUGGCGAUCAGCGCACCAAGAGUAGGGAUGAUGCAUGAAAGCCAGUGCGAUAGCCUUUCGAAAACCAUGGGACAGGAUAACUUAUCAUACGUCCCUGAAGGUCGACGAACAUGGCCCAAUGGUUCAUUGUAUUUAUACCUGUUGGGAAAAUCAUUAAUAGAAUCCCCCCCCAAAAAAGAACAACCCAAAGUCUAAUAAAAGGAUGACUGCACAGUUAUAACAAGUUGUCCAACAACUAAAACCACUCCAGAUACUACAACUAAAAAUGUACCCACCUUUACAGAAGAUCACUUUUUAUAUAUUUUACCGUCUCAAUAAGUGAAUUAUACAUAAUAUUUAUAUAACUUAAAAAUUGCAUAACAAUCGUAUAUAUUAUUUU